AUGGAGAUGUUCACCGAGGCCUUCUUGGUCGACGACUGCCAGCUACAGUGGCAAAACUACCAUGAGCCUAGGCUUAGGCUUUUCUCCGGCAUGAUUUACGUUGAAUCUCUAAGCUUCUACUACGUCUUUUUCAGUUGCGUUUCGAGUGCUUUGUUACCGGGGGCCUUGAGCACAACCGAUGAGGAGAUCAUCUACAAGUCGGCCAAACAGGAAAACGCGGGCUUGAUUGGCGACCUGGAAAUGUUCCGCCGCCAGGCUAAAGACGCCCUCUGGUAUGCUACGAUGAAGCGGCUGGGCCGAGACUCUGAAGCUCUCUGCUCCUAUGAGAAUACCUGCGUGGAGACGGUUUGGUAUGAAGCCCAGAAGUGCCAUGUGACAGAUUAUAUGUCAAUCGACGUGGAGCAGCCAAAAGGAGAGAAGGAGUCGAAGGCCAGAUGCAACGCACUGUCACCCGGCUUCAUGUCGAAGUUCCUCGUUAACCUUCAGUUUGGCGCUGCACCAAGGCCGCAUUGCCGCUUCAUCGUCUGUGAUGACGACGACGCAGGGGGCAGGACGUGUAAGCUCUAUUCGUGUCUCAAUUGCAAGUUUGAGAAAGUGUUGAACGAUCUUGCAGACAUGCGCACACAUCAGAAGACCCUGCGCCUGCAGGCCAACUCGCGACAUGUGGGAGAAAGGAGCAAGCGGCCUUUAUUUUGCAGAAAAUGA